CCAGUCAUGUCAAACCUAACUUUGGUAAGAGAAUUCAUCCUCAUGGGAUUUCCUGCCGAUGAAAGUCUGUCCAUCUUGCACUCCUUGCUCUUUUCCCUGAUUUACUCGUGUUCUCUGAUGGGGAAUGUCCUCAUUAUCAUAAUCAUAACUUGGGCCCAGCAUCUCCACACCCCCAUGUAUUUCUUCCUGAAGAAUUUGUCCUUCUUGGAUCUCUGCAUGAUUUCAGUCACCGUGCCCAAAUCCAUAGCCAACUCUGUGACUCAGGACCACUCCAUCUCCUUCCGUGGCUGUGCCACACAGGUCUUUUUCUUCAUUUUGACUGUAGCCACCGAGCUACAUCUCCUGACAGUGAUGAGCUUUGAUCGCUAUACAGCCAUAUGCCGUCCCCUGCACUAUGACCUCAUCAUGAACAGGUGCCUGUGUGUGCAGAUGACAGCUGGGUCCUGGUUGGGUGGUUUUCUGUUCGGUGUGAUGCACACAGCUAGCACCUUCUCCUUCUCCUUCUGUGGUUCCAAUGUGAUCCAUCAGUUCUUCUGUGACAUCCCCCAGCUAUUAGCUAUAUCUUGCUCAAAAAGUUUUUUAAGAGAAACUGUAACCAUUCUCGUUGGUGUAGUGGUGGGUACCUUUUGCUUCAUGUUCGUUGUCAUUACCUAUGUCUAUAUCUUCUCCACAGUCAGGAACAUUCCAUCCUCGGAAGGCCGCUCCAAAGCCUUCUCCACUUGCAUCCCACAUCUGUUAGUGUUUGUCCUGUUUCUUUCUUCUGCCAUGUUUGCUUACCUAAAGCCAACUUCAGAGUCCCCUUCCAUAACUAACCUCGUCAUUUCUGUGUUUUAUACAAUGGUGGGGCCAACCUUGAAUCCUGUCAUCUACAGUCUUCGGAAUAGUACCAUGAAGAUGGCAGUGGGGAUGUUGCUAGGAAAAUGUUCAUCUAAAUGGAAGAGCCUCCUUGCUGCCAACCAGCUUUUAUCUGAACUCAAGAUCAUUUUUCAUAUCCUGUAA